UGGCUCAUUACCAAUCUCUCGUUUCAACCCUACGAGGCGACCACGCAGGAGAGAAGAUUUUUAGACAGGGCGGUUCGUUCCGGUUCAAAUCCGGUUCGAAACCUAACGUAACAGACUAAUCCGACAUGAACAAAGACUCUUGAAGCUUUUAUCACUUUCCUUCCUGCCUUCCUCUUAUGUCGCUCUAUCCUCCUCUCCCAAAAAUGAAACCCUAACCCUAAUUCCACAUAAAUCCUGCUCCUUCACCACCAAAAUUCUCACUGCUUCACAAACCUCUCGCUUUGAACUAGGAGAGCGAAGAGAAGAAAGGCCAAGGUCGAUGGAGACUCAGUUCACUCACAAUUUGUACGAGCGACGCCCCUUUGUCAAAUCCAAGGCUCCUGCUGUUAAAUGGUUCAAAGAAUGGGUGCCCCAAGAUGUUGUGGCAACUGGUGGGAAGUGUUCUCUUUUCAAAUGGGUAAAUGAAAACCAAUUGAAGGCUUUGAAAGAGAAGGCAAAAGAAUCACCAGCACCAGAACCAGAACCAGAACCUACUACAGAGGUUCUUUUCCUAUGUAGUUUUGAAGGCUGUGGAAAGACUUUUAUAGAUGCUGGUGCUUUGAGAAAGCAUUCUCAUAUCCAUGGAGAGAGACAAUAUAUUUGUCACUAUGAAGGAUGUGGAAAGAAAUUUUUAGAUAGUUCAAAGUUGAAAAGACACUUCUUAAUUCAUACAGGUGAAAGAGAUUUUGUUUGUCCUCAUGAAGGCUGUGGUAAGGCAUUUUCACUGGAUUUCAACCUGAGGUCACACAUGAAAACGCAUUCACAAGAAAACUACCAUAUCUGCCCAUACUCAGAAUGUGGAAAGAGAUAUGCUCAUGAGUACAAACUGAAGAACCAUAUUUCAGCUCACCAUGAAAAGCAUGCAACUGCAGAUGCAGUGAAAUAUACCACGCCUCCAGAAAAGAUAACUAAAGUUUCCAAGCCUUCAGCAGUGGCGUAUGGCUCUGCAUCAUCGGAUCGUCCUUAUGCUUGUCCUUAUGAAGGUUGUAUAAAGGCCUAUAUCCAUGAAUACAAGCUUAAACUACAUUUAAGAAAAGAGCAUCCUGGCCAUAUGUCUGAUGAAAACGCUGAGAAUGCCUCUCCCAAUGCUGACAAUGAGAUGGAUGAGGCCAGUGAUCAAGAUGCCUAUGCUGAGAAGCGUGUGAAUGGGAAAAGUCGGAAACAGAGCCGGCCCAAGCCCAACUUGAAGAUGCCUCCAUCAAAAAUUACACAACGGAAAGGUGCAAGUCCAUCUCGUGCCAGUUUGAAUGUGGUGAAAAAAUCUUGGCAAGCAAAAGAAGAAACCUACGAGGAAGAAGAUAGUGAAGAGACAGAGGAGGAGGAUCGCGACAAUGCAGAGGAUGGAUGGAGAUAUGGAGAAAACAAUGAGGAUGACGACGAUGAAGAGACGGAGUAUGAAGACUGAAGAGAAACACAGCUAGGGUGCUUUUUUCAUUUUCAAAUAUUUUUUUUUAAUUUGUGUUCUUGUAAAAUAGUUCUCUUUUUUCUCUCUCAAAUAAUUCUGAACUUGAAGAAAUUUAUAAAUUUUUAUGCAAUAUUGACUAGCGGCAUUGGAAC